AUGGAACAAGACAUUACAAUUGAAAAAAUGCUUAAAAGACCGGAAACGGCGGCACUGGAGAGUCAGCUGGUGUCGGCCUUCCGGGCCGCCGCCCUGCCCGACAACGAAACGCUGGACCUGCGUCAACCAUCGCCCCUGUCGCCGGGUGCCGAUUCCCAUGGUCACCACCACCAUCAGCACCAUCAUCACCAUCAUCCGCACCACCAUCAUUCCGGUGCGGGACCGCUCGCACUGCCGGACUAUUCCCGCAAGCGGUCCCACCGGCAUACGGAUCUGCCCAGCUUUUUCCAAGGCGGUACGCCCGGCGGGGAGAUGGUACCGGGGCCAAAGAAGGCCAAAUUUUCGGCCGCUGCAACGGCGGCUGCUGCGGCCGUCGCCGCCAACUACUACGACAAUGCAUAUCUUUCGUUCGAGAAGAGCCUCCGGGGUGCGUUCGGGGGCGUGGAUGGGAUGGCCGGUGGUUCGAUGCUUGAUGGACCGGGGGGUAAUGGGGGAGGAGCUGGUGGUGUUGGGGGUGUCGGUGGUGGAACGGAACCGGGUGCCGGUGGGGGUCUCGAUCCGUACGGCGGCGGUCAUCAUUUGCUAAGUCCGAUCAACUACACGCUAACGGCAGAAGCCAUCAAUAGACGCAUUCGCAGCACGCUCGGGCUGGACGAUCAGGACCAGAUGGAACGGGCGCUGGCGAUGAACAACGGCAGCAAAGGUACACCGGACGAAUGUUGUCCGGGGAUGGCCAGUCCGGAUUGGAUGUUGCGGCGGUCGGGUUCCGGCAGUGCUGGUGGACCAGCGUUAGCUGAUACGCGUGUCUAUACGCACAGCCCGUUACCACCGGGAACUCCCGGCACACUGUACGAGGAGCACAAGUUUGCACCGUUUUCACCGACCAGUUCCACCGCCAUGCAUGACGAUAAUAACAACGUGGACAAAAAGGCGUUCCAGGAGUAG